AUGGCGUCCGACUUCGCCGCCAUGCUGGACGAGAUGAUGGGACCCGAGCGCAACAUCGACCUGGACAAGGUGACCGGGAAGCGACGCAGGUUCGACGAUGAGGAUGUCGAUCGACACUUUUUGGUGGGUUGCUCGCCGUACCAGCUCUUCCAGGGCAGCAAGAAGAACAUCGGGUACCUGGACGAGUUCGCGAGGCACGUGGGGAUGGAUCCCGCGAGGAACUCGCGCAUGGUGUGCGACGAGGCGUGCAAAGCGGAGUACGAGGCCCUGCCGCAAACGGAGAAGGACCGGCUGGGGUGGGAGAGGGACACCUUCUUUCUCCUGGGCUUCCUCAUUAAGCGAUGCGACGACCGCGUCCGCAACGCGCGGGAGCAGCUCGAAGCGCACGCGCGACGCGUCGAGGAUAAGGUCGCCGAGCGCAAGGUGGGCUGGCAGACGCGGGUCGACGCCAAGAUGCGCGCUAGCGAAGAGGCGGGCGAGGCCGGACUCGUGGACGAGUGCCAAAAGUUGAUAGCCGAGGCGGAUGCCGUCCGCGCGGCAUCGGAGAAGGACCUGGAGCAGUAUCGAAAGGAGCAGAGCCGCGGCACGGACCACCAGAAGGUGUGCCCCGUGAGUGGCGCCAUCGUGACCAAGGACGCGACGCCGGAGUCGGACACGAGCGGGCACUACGCGGGGCGUAACUACGUCGGCUGGAAGAAGAUUCGGGAAUGGCACGCGGCGCACGCGGCGCAGCUGUCGACGCGCCCGCCGAGGAGCCCCUUUCGCUCGCCGAGGGGACCGGCGGCGGACGGACGGCGGGUGGGGCCGUCGCCGCCGCGGACGUCGCGCGAGUGGGAUCGGGAGCGGGAUCGGGAGACGCGAAGGGGGGACGAGCGGAGGGGACGCGACGGCUCGAGGGAGCGCGACGAUUCGAGGGAUCGCGGGCGGCGCGGCGGAGAUCGAGAUGGACGACGAGACAGAGACGGAGACCGCGGACGGCGACCGCACCCGUACACCCGCGACCGCAGCCGGGACCGACGGGUGGACGGCGGGUGGGGUGACGGACGCCGCGGUCGCGGUCACGACGUACACGAUGGGCGGUGA